AUGGGUUCUAUCAGCAACGGCACGACCGGCCAUGCCUUGGAUCUGACCGUCCUAGGCCUGAACAGUGGGACGUCGAUGGAUGGCAUCGACUGUGCCCUUUGUCGCUUCCGUCAGGAGACUCCCGAGUCGCCUAUGCACUUUGAGCUGCUCAAGUAUGGAGAGAUCCCGCUGGAGCCAGUUAUCAAGAAGCGGGUGAUGAACAUGAUCCUGCACAACCAAACCUCGCCAUCCGAGUUGUCAGAGGUGAACGUCAUCCUGGGCGAGACAUUUGCGUCGGCAGUGCACCAGUUCUGCAAGGACUAUGAGGUUGACAUUGGCUCGAUUGAUGUGUUGGGCUCCCACGGCCAGACGAUCUGGCUGCUGUCCAUGCCCGAGCCAGGCGAGACUCGCAGCGCCCUGACAAUGGCCGAGGGCUCCUUCCUGGCCUCCCGCACUGGUAUCACUUCAGUGACUGACUUCCGCGUGAGCGAUCAAGCCGCCGGACGCCAGGGCGCUCCGCUCAUUGCCUUUUUUGACGCGCUGGUGCUACACCACCCAACCAAGUUACGUGCCUGCCAGAACAUCGGCGGCAUCGCAAACGUGUGCUUCAUCCCGCCAGACAACCAAGGGGGCGUAGACGAGUGCUACGACUUUGAUACUGGCCCCGGCAAUGUCUUUAUCGAUGCCGUGGUACGCCAUUAUACGAAUGGCGAGCGCGAGUAUGACAAAGAUGGCGAGAUGGGCGCGCGUGGUACCGUCGACCAGGAGCUUGUCGACGACUUCCUCCGCCACCCGUACUUUGCCCUCGAGCCGCCGAAAACGACCGGCCGCGAAGUCUUCCGCGAUACGCUCGCGCACGACCUCAUCAAGAAGGCGGAGGCGAAGGGUCUGAGUCCGGACGACGUCGUGGCCACGAUUACCCGGGUUACCGCCCAGGCGAUUGUGGAUCACUACCGUCGCUAUGCCCCCAAAGGCUUGGAGAUUGCCGAGAUCUUCAUGUGCGGUGGCGGCGCGUAUAACCCCAACAUCACGGCCUUUAUCCAGAAGCACUACCCCAAUACCCGCAUUAUGAUGCUGGAUGAGGCCGGUAUUCCCGCCGGUGCAAAGGAGGCUAUCACCUUCGCCUGGCAGGGUAUGGAGGCGGUGGUGGGCCGCUCCAUUCCCGUCCCCACACGCGUCGAGACUCGUCAAGAGUAUGUGCUUGGAAAGGUUUCUCCGGGCAAGAACUACCGCAAGGUCAUGCGCCAAGGUGUGCUUUUCGGUGCUGGUCGCGAUCAUCUCUCCCCGGUGAAGGAGCUGGUCAACUAUGUCGAUGGCAAGGUUUUCAACAACAAGUGGUAG